GACACACAGCAGUUGGACAACGUAUGUGGACAAAUACAUUUCGUGGAGAAGUUUUUCUUAUUUUUUAACACAGUCAUCUUUCUCGAAAGCAACGCGAAUGGUGUUUGGUUAACAGUGAGAGAGAAUUUAUUAGCUUGCGACGAUAACACAAGCUGCUAACUAGCUAGCUGUUGAUAAGCAAAAUUAGCAUGUUAGCUAGCUGACAGCGUUAGCCCAGGUGGUGGCAAGCGAUGGAUGCGUGGAGUGCAGCCGCUGAUGAAGUGGCUUUGGAGGGACUGGACGGGAUAACUGUUCCGUCCCUGUGGAUACGACUAGAGAACAGACAGCCCAAGUUUCCACUCAAACUCGACGACUGCACCAAGGAGCUUAUCUGGAAGUCGCUUACCAUCAACACCGACCUGCAAUUUUAUGAGCUCCCAGUCGAGAGAGACGAUGUUGUGCUGUCUGACAGGUUUAAAGACAUUGAUCCGGAGACAGGCAUUGAGACAGCACAGAAGUCCUCUGGCACAAAAAAAGACGUCUACCCGGUUCAUAUAAUUCUAGAAAACAAGGAUGGGAUACAGGGCUCAUGUGUCUUCUUCAAAGAGAGGACAGACAUCACUAAGCAUGUCCGGUCCAAGUCCCUCACCACAUUGGUCAGCUUGGAGGAGGCUUUGGAAAGAUAUGGCCGAAAGCUUGUUGUGGUGGCGUCUCAGAUUCUGCGGUUCCGGACUCUGAUUGGUAGUGAGAGCGACCCUGAUUUAAAACUAAACGACGACUCUUACUGCGUGUUGGAAAGAGUGGGUCGAGCACGCUGGCAAGGAGAGCUACAGAGUGAUCUGCAUGGAUGCGCUUUCAAGACUGAUGCUCGGAAGUUGCACUACAUGAGGAAGUCUCUUGUCAAACAUGGACUCAUCAGCAUGCAGUCUCACGUCACACGAGUGAAGUCAGGACAACAGCAACACUCCAUACUUCUGCUGCUCAAACGCUUCCACGUAAACAGGAGGAGUAAGUAUGACAUACUGAUGGAGUAUGUGUCCAACCUUCUCCAGCAGUUACCUGGUCAGUUUUCUACUUUGAUCACGCUCAAAGAACAACUGAAUGUGAGUGACGGUACUUUUAAGCGUGUAUUUCAGUACAUGCGAGCUGCCAAGUUGGUCGAGUUUUGCCAGUACCCUCUGGAGGACUUAGAUCCCAGCGCCGGGCCCUGCACCAACAAAAAAGGGAAUAAAGUGCUUGUGCGCUGUUUGAGACUGUUAAAGCCAUACGCGAAGAAGGGUGUCACUGAUGAUGACGACGAGGACGAUGAUGAGGAAGAUGACACCGGAGCGAGGAGAAGGGCUUUCCCUCCAGAGGGACGAAUCAUGGAGAAGGAUGUCCUGUCACAGGCCUAUCACAUCGUCGUAUCCCGUGGCACAAAGGGAAUCCCCCAGUCUGGAAUCGGGUACAGAAUGAAUGUUGGCAAACUGGAAUCUCGUAUGCUCUGCCGAAGACUGGAGAGGGAUGGUUUGAUUAAGGGAUUCAUGGAGGACGAGGGUCGGCAGAGGACAACAAAAUUUAUCAGCCACAAGUGCGUGGGUGUGAGUGAUCAGCUCCAGCUGUUUGCAAAGGAGCAGGAACGCAAGAAGCUCCUCUACUCCUCUGCACCUCAAACAUCAGAUGCUGCACCCGCCUCGUCUAAAGCACCGUCAUCCUCAAAGUCGACAGCAAAAGGAAACGACAAAACUCCUGGGCCAGAAAAGAUUCAGAAAGCAGGUGGGGGAGAAGACAAAGAUGCAGAGGAAGCUGGGCAGACGUGUGGUGUUACAGAAGUGGGAAUGGGCGAUGAAGGGUUGGAUGGAGGCAGAGGUAAAGUAAGAGAAAAAUCAGGAGCAAGGAGAAAGACAAGAGGGAAGAAAGGCAGUGUGACAGUGAAGCAGACGCAGCCUGACAUCCCCAUGGUACAACCUACUCCAACUGAAUGUGAAACCCCAGAAUGCAGCGAUUCAGUAUCGAUCAGUAUGACACCUGAUGUUCACCUCAGAACAGAGCAAGCUGCAACCGAGGAGGGAGAACAGCCCAACUUGACUCCUGCCACCUCUUUGCCUCAGAGUGAGGCAUCGGCUGAUAACUCAGCAGAGAACAGCAUUGUGGUUGUUAAAGAUGACUGUCAGCAGAAGGCCCCCAGUCGAAAAAAAUCCGGAAGGACUUUGGAGAGGUCUCAUGAGACGUACCGCCUGCUGAGGAGGAAGAACCUGAUCGUUGAGGCUGUCUGCCGCUUGAAAAUCAUAGAGGGUCUUUUCCCUCUGCAGAAGAUGAUUAAUGACGAAGAGAAGCAGGAUGGAGUCAGCUCAAAGUGUUGCAAGAAAACUAUUUUGCGUCUGGUCCACGGUCUGUCCAGAGAAGGCUUGCUCAAAUUUUACACAACCACUGUCAUACAGGAUGGGAUCACCAAGAAGGUUGAGAUGAUCGUUCAUCCGUCCAUUCAGCCCAAUGACGACGUAGUGCACAGAGUUAUCGAGCAGGUCCGCUUCAGAAUCUCCAGCUCUUACUCAGCUGUACGUCUGGGGCACGCUGAUGAAAAAGCCAGAGAACAAGAAAAAGAGUCUGAGGAGACGACUGCCAGCACUUCAAAGGGGAAAAAGAGCAAGGCUGGCAAGAAGAGAGCAAGCAUUAAAGACGACAAGGAGUUCAAGCCAACAACAGUUCGAGGACUGGGUAAGACUUUAGGCUUCCAGCCCAAGAUGCAUCGUCUGCGAGUUGUUCAUAACUUCCUCUGGUACGUGAUGUACGGGCACCCGCUCAGACACGGCUCUGCUAGCUCUGACUCAACCGGUGAAACACCUGCAAACCUACAGAGCUCUGACCCUGAAGCCAAACACCCAGACAACCAUGAAACAGAGGAUCCGAAAGACACAGUAAACUCAAACACGGACGGACAAACACAGGCGUCUGAAAAUGCUGCCACUGGCUCUGUGGACCCACAAAGUGCAGAUUCUACCGAGUCUAAAUUGGACGUGGCAUCGGGUGAUGAAGAGGAGGAGCAGAAGGAUGAGUCAGCACCUGUUUGCUCUCAGUCUGACAUGAAAGUGUAUACUGAUGAAGAGUCAUGGAAGAAAUUCAUCCCUCCUGUCCGUGUGCACAAAGAGUUCAGCAGCGGCUGGGCGAUGGUGGGCGACUUGCUCCUCUGCCUGCCUCUCUCCAUCUUCAUUCAGGUCAUACAGAUCAACUAUAAGGUGGAUGGACUGGAGGAAUAUCUCAACGACCCGGUGAAGCAGCACCACCUCGUUAGAGUGCUGCCCCCCAGAAUGAGAAGACAGCUGCUUUAUAAACGAAAAUACCUGUUCUCAUUUCAUGAGAACCUGCAAAAGUUGGUCUACAUGGGUCUGCUGCAGUUUGGUCCUGUGGAGAAGUUCAAGGAGAAAGACCAGGUGUUUGUGUACCUGAAACGUAAUGCCACCAUUGUUGAUACCACCAACGCUGAGCCUCACUACUGGCUGGUCACAGAGUCACCCGACAAACCAUUUGAGAGGCGCCAUUACACAUUCAACACUGCUGAGGAUGUUGAAAACUACUGGUUUGACCUGAUGUGUGUCUGCCUCAAUACACCUCUGGGGGUAAUUCGAAGUAAGAGAAGUGUCCCAGAGGAGGACUCUGCUCCGUCUUUUGUGCAAGAACGCAGCGUGUUCGUAGGACUGGCCUACCUGCUAAAGGGCAGUUGUGAAGUGUGUGAUGACGGGUCAGUACCAGGAGACAGUAAAGGAGCAGGAGGUCUGGAUUCUGAAUUUUUUGCUCAUCUUAAACGCAACUGGUUGUGGACCAAUCACCUACUUUCUGUCAAAACGAACCCAACUGCUUUGGAAGCAAAGGAAAACAAAAUCCGACUGAAGAGCUUGCUGAGUAAAAAUGCUCUCAGAGUUGCUCUUAGAGCUGGAGGAAGUACAACACCGCGUUAUGUGACCGCCAAGCGACCGCUGAUGGCAGAAAAUGUUGAGGUGGGAAUAGAGCCUGCCACCAGAAACCAGCAGGUGGUCGGUGGAAAGAGACAGAAGAGGAAGAGAAACAAAAAGGAGGUUGUUAAGGUCCCACGCAAGAAGAAGAAAGAGCCAAAGAAACGCACCCCAGCCCACGAUGAGGCGGACCACCGAGCUUUGAAAAUGAUGACCAGACAGCGAGUCUACUGGUCCGUACAGGAAGACUCACUGAUGAUGCUCUGCAGCGUGGCCUCACACCUGCUCAACAGCAAGUUAAAAAGGCCUUUCAUACCUUACUGUGUGGUGAGAGACCUGCUCCACGCAGAGUUUGAGAUAUCGAUGGAUAAAACUUCUCUUGCUGUCGGACGUCGCUCCCGAUACAUCCUCAAGAAUCCUCAGACGCAACUAAACUACAGGAUUUGUCUGGCUGAGGUGUACCAGGACAAAACUCUGAUGAGACUGUUGGAGGAGAAGAAACCGAGUGAUCCCGAGAAACCAGAGGAUUGCACUGAAACUUUCUCAGAGUACAUCAGACUUCUUAGACAGAAGUUCAGCUCAGUCAUGAGCGCUCGUGACAUGAACAUGCCCGACACCAAACAGCAGCUCUUCUCACGGUAUAAGGUUUCCACAAUAGACAAUGGAAAACGGCUGUCAAGCAAAGACACUCUCAACUGUACAGAUGACAUUCACAGCGUGGUGUUACAUAACUUGAUCCAAAGCACUCUGGCCAUGACCAACAGUCAGAUGAAGUCCUCCAGAUCCUUUCAGACCUUCCACAUGUACAGUAAGUAUAACCAGGAGCUGCUGUGCCAAGUGUUCAUACAGUGCAGGAAGAGGGGUCUGGUCAACCGCCGUCGUAUCAGUCAGCCAUUUGGGCCAAAGAAGAACCGAGCGCUGCCCAUCCUGCCCAUGUCCUACCAGCUGUCCCAGUCCUACUACAGGUGUUUUUCGUGGCGCUUUCCUCACUCGCUGUGCACUGAUUCCUUCCUCUUCUUGAGGAGUCUUAUUAACAACGGGACAAGAGAUGACAGACCUAUUAUUGCGCUCUGCCAUGAAACAGAAAACAGAUCAGAGAGUGGGGAGGAGGUGUUGGACAGACAAACAGAUUCAAAAAGAAAAGAAAAACAAAGCGGAGGAAAGGCUGGCAGCAGACCAGUGAGUGAACCAGGGGUACAGCUGGAGGAGGCAAGCACUGAGUCAGCAAAGGAAAAACAGAACAACCAAGGGCAAACGGAAGAAGAAGAGAAGUUGAUGGAAACAGAUACGAACACUGAGGUGAUGAACAAAACAGAUGAACAGAAAAAGCCAGAAGACUGCCUUACAGCUGGUUCUGGUGAAGCUCCAUCGAGCACAGAGCAGACAGAUGAUCAUCUGCCCAAAGAGGAGCCAUCAGGAGCGGCUGCAGCCUCAAACGCAGCACCUCGAGUCUCAGAGGAUCCUCCAGAUAUGUCGGAAAUGCUGCAGUUCUCUCUGGACUCUCCAGGUGGAGCCUGUGUGGCCUCUCUCAGCCUGAUGUCUCUGGGACUGCUGAGUGUGCACAUGUCCAUACCGAAACAGAUGGUGGUGGUGGACAGCAACCUGGUGGACAACGAUGUAGUCAAGAGUAUGGUGGCGCUGGAGGACGAGGACGAUGAUGAUUUCGACGGCGAGGAGUGUGAGGGGAGAAAGAAGAUGCAAGUGAAGGCACAUCAAGCCUCACACACCAACUACCUGAUGAUGCGAGGAUACUGCUGUCCUGGCAUAGUCAAACUACGAAACCUCAACACCAGCGAUAACAUUGUGGUGGAGUCCUGUAUAAUGAAGCUUCAGCUGCGCAGCACACCUGCUCAUCACAUGUUCAUUGUGGACAAUUCUCCACCACUGGACUUCUCUAAAUGUGGUCCAUCCAUGCUGCCCUCCAUCCUCACCUACUCGGUCUGUUCCUCCCCCUCCUCCUCACUCAGUGUGGAGGAGACUGACAGGUAUUUGAUUGAGCAAAGAGGAUACACUCCUCAGGACAUAGAGGCAUGUGCUCAGCUCAGGAGGAGCUUGGAUGAAGCUGGUGAGAAGGGUUUGGACGUACACGACCUGUACCAGGCUCACACACACCCGGAGGGUCCACAGUCUGGACGAACCAGGACCCUGCAGCAGUACAUGGAGGAGUUACAAGAAGAAGGCCAGGUGUUAAAAGUUGGGGGUUUGGGCGUCCGUUGGGUGCUCACGAAGCACGCUGACCCGUGGCUGCUGACUGUGAAUUCCAAGCAAUGGUCCCAGUCACGCCUCACAUCUGACAGACUCCCGUUUUUGGAGAAUCAGCACAACAUCCCCUUCAUGCGCAAGAGAUGCAGGCGAGAAGCCCCACAGGAGACCGAGGAACCGCCAACCAAAAAGACGGCCGUGGACAGACAAGAGAGCACAGACAGAGAGGACGCAGAGGGAACACCGAGCAACGUAACAGGAGAGAAGCUGGGCGAGGAGACACAGCUGGGAAUGCUUAAAGAGAGCGCAGAUGAGGAAACUGGGGACAAACAGGUGAAGUUGAAAGAAAAUGGAGGAGCAAAGAAGACACAACAUGAAGAGGAAGGAGAGGGGGAGGUAAGACAGGAGAAGGUGGAAACUGAGGAGAGAGGGGCAGAAACGAGAGAGCAGAGAGCCAGAAAGGACAGUAUAGACGAUGGAAGAGUUGAAGACGCAUGCUCUCCCCUGGCAGGAUCAGCUGAUGCUGAUGAAAAUGUGAGUUUCAUCAGUCGGCCGUGGCGCAUGGUGGACGGUAAGCUGAACCGGCAGGUGUGUAAGGGCAUGCUGGAGGCCAUCCUUUACCACAUCAUGUUCCGACCCGGACUCACACAGCAGACGCUGAUGGAACAUUACAAAGAUGUGCUGCAGCCCAUGGCAGUGCUGGACCUCGUGCAGGCACUUAUAGAAAUGGGCUGUGUGACCAAAAAAACUCUGGUUAAAAGUCCUAAACCUUCGCUGUUCACUCGCUCUGUGCACCAGACAGAAGUGAAGACUGAGGAGCCAGACGCCGUCUUUUAUGAGCCUACCAUCAGCUGCUGCCUGCGGCUCGCUCAGGUGUUACCCAACGAACGUCACUGGAACUACUGUGUGCCAUGAAAGUUUUCAUUGACCUCACAUGACCUGCACUUGGCCUUACCUGACUUGAGCUGGCGUCACGUUAUGUACAUAAUAAGGCUAUUGAAGUUUAAGCCUCAAGAAGCUGAGGACAAAGACUGUUGCGAUACUUGAGUAGUGUAAUUUUACAAAAGGUUUCAUGUCAUCAAUUCUAGUUUUACAGAAUAGGGAAUUAUUUAUAUAUGUUUCUUUUUUUUAAGUUUGUGUCCUAGAAUUAAAUCAAGAUUAAAAUUAUAAAAUAAAAAUGCCUCACAUGA